AUGGGUCACCCAUCGCGUGGUGUGUGUUGUGUCCGCUCGACUCGACUGGAAGUGAUUGUGGGAUCAGUUGCGGUGAUCGCGGGAAUGGCCGACUCGAGUGUGUCCGACGAAAGGGUUGUGGACUUCGUGUCCACCGAUGGUAAUCACGUGGCGAAGGCUUUCGACAUCGAAGUGGUCUGCGAUUCGCUCCAGAGGUGUAUUCAAGACAAGAAUGCCAUCGAUUUGGACCAUUAUCUUCGGGCAUUCAACGAACUGCUCCGGUAUUACAGCUUACGAUUGGCUAAGAGUUGGGAGGGUUUGCGGGGGACAGGGGUUGACGGGUCGGGGGUUGGGGUCGAGUUCUUCAACCUAUUGGGCGCUGUAUUCAUAUUCGUGGCCAAAGACGUGAAGGAGAAGAUCCAGAUCCUGGAGAAGUACACGAAAGAGUGCGACUGCGGUCCGCAUUACGGGACACUCCAGAAGAUGAUUGAGUACGAGAUUUAA